CCAGGAUGAUAUUGAUGAAGUUGGUGUUCAUCUAUUUCAUGGGAUUGUUUUUGAGAUCGAUAGUCGCAUAUUCUGGCAAUCUGGAGGGUGUCAAAGUGUGCUUUACGCAUAUGAAUAGCAUCGGAGGAUACCCUAAAGAAGGUUCUUACGAAAUGUUGAAGCUGAUUUUGGAUCAAAAUUGCACUCAUAUUCUAGGGAACCUUAUUCUGACUGGGCUUUACAGACAAGCUGAUGGAACUGAUCCCGACUUGAGUUUUUUGAAAUCGAUUCAAGAAAUAUCUGGUUACUUGAUUAUAAUGCAUUCAAAUGUGAAUAAUAUACCAUUGUCCAAUCUACGAGUUAUUCGAGCUAAUAACGGAGGCUAUAAAAUACGCGAUGAAUUAGAUUUCGCAGCUUUGAUAAUCCGAAAAAACUACAAAGAUGGAGAAACUCUGAAACAUGUUGAUUUACGAAACUUAAAAUCUAUAGUUCGUGGUAGUGUUUAUAUCUACGAUAAUCCUGGACUUCAAUAUUUACCGAAUAACAUCCAUUGGACUGAAUUAUUUGAAAGUGUUGGAGAGCAGAACGUUUACAGUCAUAAAUUGAUCCUAACAAACAGUUAUGGAGAUAAAAAUAUCACCGUUGAUCUACAUCUGUACGAACACAAUCCAUACGACAUUGAACCAGAACCAGAACCAGCUAGUGUAAAGUCAUCUUGCUCCAAACUUUGCCCAAAAAUCAACAACAACACCUAUUGUUGGGGCCCAUCUCUGUCAGAAUGUCAAUAUCAAUCUAAAUGUCAAAAUUUAUUAUGUAACCGGUGUUUACGAAUAAAAAAUUCAUAUUCAUGCUGUCAUGAACAAUGUCUAGGAGGAUGUACUGGACCUUUAGCUUCACAGUGUGUGAGUUGUAAAGAGUAUCAAAAUUCUGGCACAUGUGUUGCACACUGUCCGCCUAGAACAAUGAUUCAUGGAGGCAAGUUGAUUUCGAAUCCUGAGUUCAAGUACCGUCUAGGAAAUCUAUGUCUGUCGGUUUGUCCAGAUGGAUUCAUGGUUGAAGGUGAUGUAUGUGUGACUCAUUGCUCUACAGGUAGUAUGAGUACAGAUGGACGUGUAUGUCUUCCAUGUCAAGAUAAAUGUCCAAAAUCCUGUAAAAUUACUAAUAAGGAAACAAAAAAUGGGCGUAAAAUGAGUAAUUUUGAUCUGAGAAGUUUAAAUCAAUUAGUUAAUUGUACUAUAUUGGAAGGUAAUUUGAUCCUAACCAAUGAAUCAUUCGAUUCAAGUUCUGCUUUAACUGAUCAUGUCCCAAUCACAGAUCACCGUCAAUUAUGGGCUUUACAUUCAUUACGAGAAAUAACUGGUUACAUAUAUUUAGAUUUGGAAUUUUUCGGUGAUAGCCUGAGAAAUUUCAGCUUUCUUGAGAAUCUUGUUAAAGUCGGUGGCUACCUACCUUCUGCACGAGUGAGUAUAAUGAUUAUGAAUAGUAAGGCGUAUUUCCCUGGAUUAAGAAGCCUUCGACAGGUUCCACAUGGCAAAAUUAUAUUUCAUAAAAAUCCUAACUUAUGUUUUUUAUCAUCACUACAUUGGACGAAUUCAGCUCACACAAGUAUCUUUAGCGAACUAAAUCAAACAGAUUCGUUGAAAAUUACUGUUAUAGAUGGUCCCAGUGACAACUACUGUGAAUCUCUAAACUACGUGUGCCAUCCUGCAUGUAACAAAGAAUAUGGAUGCUGGGGACCAGGACCGGACCAGUGUGUCCGUUGUUCAUACCGUAGAGCCGGACUAUACACAUGCGUUCUAUCUUGUAAUGACUUACCAGGAUAUAUGUCUGAACAAUGGGAAGAGCAACUUCUUAUUUCUGAAAAGAAGAAUGACUAUUAUGGUAAUUCUCUGGUUGAAAAUUUUCACCUAAAUUACGGUACAGCAGAAACUGACGAUAUUUGUGUUCCAUGUCAUCCAGAGUGUGGAAAAUCUUGCACAGGACCUGGCGCUCAUGAGUGUAUUGGAUCAUGUAAAACAGCUUGGUCAGAAGGUCAGUGCGUGUCAGAAUGUCAACCAAACACUUAUCUAAAUAUGGACAGAAGAAUUUGUGAGCCAUGCCAGACACAUUGUCAUCAGCGUCAGUUAACAAAGCAACCGGUAUGCACAGGUCCUGGUCGACAUCCAGGGAAAGGAGGGUGUAAUAAAUGCGAGAAAUUUGUUGUACAAAUGCCAUUUAACAAAAUGAAUACGGAAGCAUCAGAUAUGUCAUCCUCGCCUACAACAGUUAGCUUGCUGUGUAUCAGAGGUGAUUGUCCACCAGGGACUUAUUUGACAACGGAAGUAGUUCAGCCAAACACUUUGUUUGCAAAGUAUACUGAAAUAUUCACCAGUGUUGCUGCAGUAUGCCGAUCAUGUCAUCCAAGGUGCCCUGUGUGCACAGCAUACAGCCUCCUAAGAGCGAAUGAACAACGUUUAGGAUGCUUGAAGUGCAAUGGAUUUUGGUUGAGAGACGCUUGCGUAGAACAUUGUCCUGUAGAACAAACCUACGUUAUGUGGAUUAACACCAAUGGUAAUGUAUCCGGAAAUUCUUCAGAAAAACGCCUCAAUUUAGACACUAAUUUGAAAUAUAAUGGUAUUUAUGUGCGACAUUUAGAUAGACAGUGUUUAGCCUGUCAUGAACAAUGUCAUGCAGGAUGCUGGGGUCCUGGACCAGAUCAGUGCAAUCAUUGUUUGAACGUCAAAGUACCUAUCCGAUUUAUAUCUGAUAAUCUUACCAAAGUUUACGGACUGAAUCGAUUUUCAGGAGAUGAAGUAUCAAUUCAAGUGAACACUUUAAAUCUACAUUUAUACCGUGGAAAAUUUAUUUGCUUAUCUCACUGUCCAACUGAUUUAUUGCAUCAUAUUGUUAAUAUACCUGAAAUGGAAGGUGAAACAAUCUGUCAUCAUAGUGCAUCUUUAAGUAGUAAUGAUUAUGAACUAAUAAUGCAAGAUAGCGUAUAUCCAUUUCAACACUUUGAUAAUUAUGCCUUGUUAAAUAACCAUCAACAAUCGGAACAAGAAGCAUCUGCAGGAAUCAUUGGACUGAGAAAGUCUUCAUCUUAUUUUUCAUCCGUUAACAAUAGUAUUAUGCAUCGUAAAUUAAACAGUGAUCCAGUUAUAUUAGUUAUGAUACCGCUUUGUAUUAUAUUGAUCAUAUUCGCUGUACUAGUCUUUAUUUGCUAUCGUUAUCGUUCAAAUCAACAAUACAUGAAAAAAUAUGAACAUAAUCCUCUAUUACUGUUGAAACUGUUGUUUUGUCCAAUAUCCUUCAUCUCUCAGCGCUUUAUUUCUAAUAUAAACACUUAUAAAUAUAAGAAAGGUAAUCCGAUUAUAAAUUUAUCUACUACAAAUUAUUAUUACAAUAACAGAAAUGAUGAAAAUGGUAUUGAAAUUAAUUCACUGCAACAUCCAGAUACAGAAGAAAGUUUAUUAAGGAGAUCUAGUGUAAAAGGCUCCUAUCGUUAUCCUAAUCAGAUUGUGAACGGACAAAAAGCACCAAAUUUAGGCAGAUUAGUUAUGAUCAACUUAGAUGACUUGUGCUUAAAUGAAAAAUCUGGUCCCUUAGGCACAGGUGCAUUUGGAGCAGUGUAUCAAGGAAUUUGGAAAGUUUGCCAAAGUGAUUAUCCAAAUCUACCAAAUCUGAAUCAUGUGAUUACAGCGAAUAACGAAGAGGAGUUAAUGUUCAAAGUUAAUUUACAAAACUGUCGAUCAUUGUUGACAUCUACUACAAUGAAUGAAAUGAACAUGGUGUCUACAAGCCAGGUAGGUUCCAGUAAUGUUCAAGCGGAUGAAGUGCACACAUCAACUACAGAGCAACCAUCAGUUACUAACUCUAAGAACAAUAAUACCGAUGAAGAUACUAGUCAAACUAGUAACAGCAUUACUACUGCGUCUAAAGCAUCGACAGAAAAAUCUAAAAAGGAAUACAAACUACUAUGUGUUGCUGUUAAGAUUUUGAAUGAAGUUCGUGGGUCAAGUGAUCUGCAAGCACUACUGGAUGAAGCAAAGGUUAUGGCGUCUGUCUCGCAUUAUCACUGUCUCCCACUUCUCGGGAUAUGUUUAUCUCAAUCAAGAAAAUGCUUAGUUUCAGCAUACGUAGUAAACGGAAGUUUAGAUCGUUAUCUUCGACUGCGUGCACCAAAUAUUAGCUCUUUAGUUCUUCUAGAUUGGGCAUCUCAAAUUGCUGAUGGAAUGGCAUACUUACAAUCGCGGGGAAUAAUCCAUCGUGAUCUGGCUACUCGAAAUGUUUUAGUGACAUCACCAGAACAUUUACAAAUUACUGAUUUUGGUUUGGCGAAAAUGCUGGAAAGUGAAGAAGAAGCUAAACGAAACGAAGUAAUUGUUUGUUCUGGACGCGUUCCUAUUCGUUGGUUAGCUUGUGAAACGCUAACUCAUCGUAUUUAUUCAUUCAAAACUGAUGUUUGGGCGUACGGUGUCACCAUUUGGGAAAUAUUCACAUUCGGGGACAAACCAUUUGAUCGCAUCGAAACAGCUAAUGUAAAAGAUCAUGUUUUAGCCGGUGGACGUCUUCCACAACCUGAUAUAUGCACGCUUGAACUGUAUCAACUUAUGUUGAAUUGUUGGAAUGAAAAUCCUGAUGCUCGACCGAAUUUUGUGGAACUAUAUAACAUGUUUAAGGAUUUUGCACGUCAACCACAUCUUUAUCUUCACUCUAGGAAUGAAAGCAGUUCAAAUACUGAAGUUUACGGUAGUACUGGAGAUUCAAGAAGUCGUGCUACAAUUUACCCGACUGCUCGAUUGUCUGCUGAACGUUUUCGGCAAUCAGACCAAACUGUUCCUUCAUUUCAGUCAAUGAAAAGUGGAAAUUCCUGUUCACCUCUACAAAACUCAAGUUCAAGUAGUGGGCUAACAAAUCGGCGCUUUGAUGUUGGCAGACGUACACGUACUAGUUUAUUAUUGCCUCCAGCAGUCUUGCAAGUCAAUCGUACAGGGAAAUAUUCGCGACAAAAACGACGCAGUGUCGGAGCUCGCACUGAUUAUACAAUGUCGGCAUCCUUAAGUAUAAACUCUGGAAUAGGUGAACGUUGGGGUAAUUCAUCAUUUGCCACACACAGUCAUCCUACAUUAAUUAAAGUUGAUGGAGCGAAUGGAACAGGGAAUAGUGACCAUAAUUUUAAGAUAAAUAGCAAUACACCGAAAAAUAACCGAAAUAAUGAACAGUUUAAUGUUGGUUUGUUUUCAACUGAUUCGUGGGCAAGUAGUGGACAGCCCUUAUUGUCUAGUGACCAAGAUAGUUCAUUAAGUCAUUUAAUGUUGUCAAAUUUCGGUUACACAAGUAGUGAAAGCAGAAGUAGUAUGACAGUCAACUUACCUAACCAACAUAAUCGAAAUUUCUUAUCAACAGGUUCGUCAAUUCCGACGGAACCAAGAAACUCGGUACAACAAUCAGUAGAUGAUCCUACUUUGAAUACACAGAGAAUAGGACUUGAAAUGAGAAACGGUAUUCCAGUUAAUACAUCAUUUGAGGCUGCUGCAGGCUAUGUGUGGCCUCAAUGGCCCGAUGCCAUCCCUACUCCAGAAAAUAGCAAUUCAGACCAAUUAAAUCCAAAUGAAGCAUCUUAUAUCUUGACAGCAGUCGAUGAAGAAUCGGAAAAUAGUUUACCAUUUCUAAACCGCCAACUUUGGCUUCGACGUAAUGCUCGUCAACGGCGUUAUUAUCUCAGACAAUUACAAAUUCACAGAAGCGUUGCUGAUUCCAGUUUGCCGGAACAAGCAGGUGAAGAUGCUGUAGAUGAAACUUCCAGUUGGACAGAACCCUUAGGAUCAAAUCAGAAUAACCCAAAUGGCCGACAAGAAGACAGUGAUACUGAUCAAGGUUCUAGUGACCGAUACUGGCCUGAUCCAACAUAUUCCCCACAAAACUUGUAGCUCUGUGGUAGUACAUUUUUUGUAACUUUGCAUCUUUUUAAGAACGAAUUUAUAAUCACAAUUUCAGUUUAAAACGCUUAUUCGAAUUCAUGAUCUCAUCAGAUACCAGAAAUCUAUACACUGCCAACAUUUCAUUAUGUGUAAAUACCUCAUUUAUAUUUACUUUCAGUUAAAAUGAGUAUAAUGUAAACUGACUACCAUAUUUAGUCACCCUUAUUUUCGCACCAAAGUGUAUAAACAUUAAGACUCAUUUUUCUGUAAGUGUAACUAUCUGCUCAUUUAGGUUCACAAUAUUUAUUUCUCUCUCUCUCAUACUCAGCCUGUUGAAGAAUGGUUAUGUCUCCACUAUUAUUCCAUAGUUCUGCAGAUUAAUAAAUCUGCAUUGUGUAUGCACGGUUAAGAUUGAUGUCAUUAUAAAGUAACACGUUAAUUUCUUAAAUUUUCAAAGACAUCGGUGAAGAAAAUAUAAUGAUUUAUCUAAAAA